AGUCUGCGGUCAGCAUGGACAGUCCCGUGUGCCUGAUAGACACCGCCAGCGAUGGGAAGCUGUGUGUGCAGCCGGCGGCGCUGCAGAUCCUCCAGCAGAUCCAGCAGCCGGUGGUGGUGGUGGCCGUGGUGGGGCUCUACCGCACCGGGAAGUCCUACCUGCUGAACCGGCUGGCGGGGAAACACAGCGGGUUUGCGCUGGGCAGCACCGUUGAGUCCAAGACCAAGGGCAUCUGGAUGUGGUGUGUUCCCCAUCCCACUAAAGCAGAGACCACCCUGCUGCUGCUGGACACUGAGGGGCUCGGAGACGUGGACAAGGGCGACUCGAGACACGACAGCAACAUCUUCAGUCUGGCGGUUCUGCUGAGCAGCACUCUGGUGUUCAACAGCCGAGGAACCAUCGACAACAAGGCCAUCGAGGAGCUCCAAUAUGUCACUGAACUAACCGAGUGCAUCAAGGUCAAAUCCCCAAACGAAGAUGUGGAUAACUCAACCGAGUUUGUCAAGUUCUUCCCGAGCUUCAUCUGGGCGGUGCGGGACUUCAGCCUGGAGCUGAAGAUCGACGGUGAAGACGCAACAGAGGAUCAAUACCUGGAGUUCGCCCUCAAGCUGAAACACGGCACUUCAAAAAAAGUGAUGGAGUUCAACCUUCCCCGGGAGUGCAUCAAGAACUUCUUCCCCUCCAGAACCUGCUUUACCUUCCCCUUUCCAACCACGCUGGAGAAGAUGUCCACGCUGGAGCGUCUGGGUCCUGCUGACCUUUGCCCUGAGUUUCAGGAGGUCAGCAAACGCUUCUGCACCUGUGUCUAUGAGAAGAGUGAAGUGAAGCGGCUGAAAGACGGACACACGGUCACCGGCAGAGUUCUGGGUCAUCUAGCGGAGCUGUACGUCAACACCAUCUCCAGCGGGGCGGUGCCGUGUCUGGAGAACGCAGUGGUGGCGCUGGCCCAGAUAGAGAACCAGGCGGCGCUGCAGGAGGCUCUGCAGGUGUACCAGGUGGGAAUGGAGGAGAAGAAGAGAGCCUUCCCUCUGGAGCUGGAGCAGGUCUCCGCAGAGCACCAGAGACUCAGCCAGAGCGCCACACAAACCUUCAUGGCCGAAUCAUUUAGAGACACCGAUGGGAAACACCUGAAGGCUCUGGAGGAGGAGAUCAAUAAGCUGUUUGAUGCGUGUCUGCGGGAGAAUGAUCAGGCUUCAGUGAAGAAAUGUGAGAAUCUCCUGCUGUCUCUCUCGGCCACGAUGACGGAGAAACACAAGCAAGGCUUCUACGCCAAACCUGGAGGCUACGACGUGUUCUGCAGAGACCUGGAGGACAUCGUGAAGAAGUACAACAGCCUGGUGAAGAAAGAAGUCAAGGCUGAAGUGGUCCUACAGGAGUUUCUGAAGCUGAAAUCUGUGGACUCUAAAGCCAUCCUGCAGGCGGACAGAAAACUGAGCGAGAAGGAGAAGAAGAUUAAGGAGGAGACGGAGAGAGCGGUGCUGCUGGAGCAGGAGGUUAAAGCGAAAGAGGAGACGCAGAGACAGCUGAAGGAGAGGAUGGAGGUGGAGCAGAGGAGUAAUGCCGAGCGGAUGCAGCAGAUGAAGCUGAAGAUGGAGCAGGAGCUGGAGCAGCAGCGGGUGGAGGCGCAGCGGGCGCUGGACAGCAAGCUGAAGGAGCAGGCGGCGCUGAUGGAGAAGGGCUUCCAGGAUAAAGCGGAUCUGAUGAAGCAGGAGAUGGAGGAGUUCAAGCAGCAGGCGUCCGAUGCGGAGAACAGCAGAAGCCGAGAGCUGAAGGAGCUGAUGGAGAACACCAACCGCAGACAUGAGGAGCAGAUGAAGAUGAUGAUGGAGCAGCACCGACAGCAGAUGCGGGAGAUCCAGAGGAGCAGCGGCGGAGGGUCUGGACUGCUCUGCUCCGUCAUGUAGACCCACCGGACACUGCUCACGCUAAUCACCUCCUCUGCCUUCACUUACUGGAGAGCUGUUCUCUUCAACAUCAGAGGAGACGUUAGAGGAGCAGCACCUCUGCCUGAACCUCUCUCUGACGCCGCUGAUAUCCUCUCUCCUUCUGUUUUAACAUCGGGUCACAUUCAUCAAGCAUGACCAGACUUCAGUUUAACCCUCCCGACCGGAGCUGUUCCUCCAUAUAUCACAUGCUCCUCAGCUUCAUCAUGUGUUCUCCUUCACAUGGCCUCUUCUCAUGCACCUUGCUGUUACUCAGGCCCUCUCGCUUUUAUAACUCUCCAUCAUCUGAGUAGUUUAUACACGUACAGUCAGGUGUAACAGGUUAACUUCAUGCUUUAAAGAGUAUAAGAUCAGCCUCAUCCUUUGAGUCUAGUGUUGGGCUGGUCUGAUACGUUGAUCUGUAAUGUGACUCUGGACGGAUGAGUCGACUCAGGGAGUGAUUCGUUCAUUAGUGCAGGAGGAGAUCAGCUCAUUACUGCAGUCUUCAGUCCAGCGUUCAUCAGGUGAAAGAUUUGCUCUGUUUUCCUCUCGAGUCCUCAAAUUUCAGCCGUCUGUCAAAUAAUCUAAUAAAGUGCUCACAUAAAGAGAAA